GAAAAAAAAAUAAAUUAUACAAAAUAUUUUUGAAAAAAAAAAAGCGAAAACGUUCCAAAUAUAAGCAGCACGAUUAGAUAAGCAGCGCAAUGGCCGAAUAUUUGGCAUCAAUUUUUGGCACAGAAAAGGACAAAGUCAACUGCUCGUUCUACUUUAAGAUUGGAGCGUGUCGGCAUGGCGAUCGUUGUUCCCGCAUCCACAAUAAGCCAACAUUUUCGCAAACGGUGCUGCUCCAAAAUCUCUACGUAAAUCCCCAAAAUUCCGCCAAAUCAGCGGACGGAUCACAUCUGGUGGCCAACGUUUCCGACGAGGAAAUGCAAGAGCAUUAUGACAAUUUCUUCGAAGACGUAUUCGUCGAGUGCGAAGAUAAAUACGGCGAAAUUGAAGAAAUGAAUGUUUGCGACAAUUUGGGUGAUCAUCUCGUGGGGAAUGUUUACAUCAAAUUCCGUAAUGAGGCCGAUGCCGAGAAGGCGGCAAAUGAUUUGAAUAAUCGUUGGUUUGGCGGGCGGCCAGUUUACUCGGAACUGUCGCCGGUGACCGAUUUCCGUGAGGCAUGCUGUCGACAGUACGAGAUGGGGGAGUGCACACGAUCCGGCUUCUGUAAUUUUAUGCAUCUGAAACCGAUAUCGAGAGAGUUGCGCAGAUAUCUGUAUUCACGCCGGCGUCGCAAUCGUUCACGUUCCCGUUCCGGCGGCCCCCGGCGUCGUUCCUCACGCAGUCGUACCCGUUCGCCGCGUCGCCGACGCGAGGAACGCGGCAUUGGUGGCGGCACAGAUCGUGGCGGUGAACGGGGCAUUGUGGGGGGCACGGAUCGUGGCGGCGAGCGAGGCAUUGGUGGUGGCACUGAUCGAGGUGAUCGCAAUGAUCGCAACGAUGGCAACGAUCGUGAUCGACGUAAAGGUGGCGGCGGCGGAGGAGGAGGAGGA